AUGGGUCUUGGUUAUGUUAUACAAAGUUUCGUUGAAGAACAUAAUCACGAGAUGGUUGAGGAACACCAUAAGCGUUUUAUGAAUUUGAACAGUAAUUUGGAUUUAGUCCAUCAGAAAUUCAUCCUCGAUUGUGCUAAUGCAAAUAUUGGUCCAACUUUAAGUUUUAGCUUACUUAAAGAAGUGCUUGGUGGAUUAGAUUAUGUAGGGUGUACUGUUUUAGAAGUGCGCAACUAUAGACAUGACCUUAGAGCAUAUGUGGAAGGAGCUGAUGCACAAAUGUUAUUGAAUGAGUUGCGAAGGAAGAAGGAGUUGUGUAGUGCAUUUACAUAUGAGUAUGAGGUCAACUCAAAGGAUAGGAUGACACGAUUGUUUUGGUGUGAUCCUACUGCCAGAAGAAACUACCAUUUGUAUGGAGAUAUUGUUUCGUUUGAUACGACAUACUCAACAAACAGAUACUGUAUGAUAUUUGCUCCUUUUACGGGCAAGGAUAAUCAUGGUCGCCCUGUAACAUUUGCUGCUGGCCUUUUGUCCAAGGAAAAUGCCAACUCCUUUUCAUGGUUAUUUAACCAAUUUGUAAAGUGUAUGGGUGUGGCUCCCAAACUCAUUGUAACCGACCAAGACUUAGGAAUGAAAGUUGCUGUUGAGGAGAAUAACUUCUUCAAAAGGUACUCAAAGUCUCGGGCUAACCUUAUGCAAUUUUAUAUGAACUAUAAUCAUGCUCUGGAGACUCAAAGAAGUAAUAGUGCAAAGCUUGAAUACUAUGAUUCAACAAAAGUACCUAUUUUGCAAACAGGAUUGGAAAUCGAGAAACAUGCAUCGACGAUAUAUAGUGGUAGUGCUUAUACUGAAAUUCAAGAAGAGAUAGUAUAUGCAUGUUUCUCUUUGUCUUGUGCAACUCUAGGAGUGUCUACCAAUACAGAUAUUGAAGUAUAUGACAUAAAGGACAAGGAUUCAAACUCAUGGACAGUAACUUACUCCAUUGCACAAAGCAUUGAAGGGAACAUUGAUCAAAUCAAUGCAUUCGCUGCAAUUAUUGAAGAAGGUAGGAAGCAGCUUCUUGGCGAAGAUGUUGUUCUGUCUUCCACACAGAAGAGAGCAAUGAUUGAGAACUUCUAUGGCUCACAUGUCCCGAACAAUAUUGAAGUUCAUCCUCCUGAGGUUGUUAGUACAAAGGGAAGUGGAAGCAGGAAGAAAUCGAAGAGGGAGUCAGCAAUAAAGUUAGCAAUGAAACCAGGACGAAAGUGUGGAAACUGUCAUGAGAUUGGACACCAUGAUUCUAGGAACUGCAAAAAGGUUAAUGAGAAGUCAAAUCAGUGGCAAUGA